CCUCUUAUCGUACACCCCCUUCACCCCCUCUUAUCCUACACCCCCUUCCCUCCCUCCAAAAACCAGAAAAACCUCAAAAUUUUAAAAAAAACCCAACCAUGUCUCUCACCACCAUUCCCACCACCUUCUCCAAACCUCUCUCCACCAAACCCAAAUCCUCACCGUUCAUUUUCUCAACUAAAUUCAGGCCCACCACAAUCUCAUCAUCAAUCUCUCCCCCACCAUCAUCACAACCAUCAUCUUCCCCUCUUACGGCCUUCUCGGCGGCAUUGGCUCUCUCAUCCAUUCUCCUAUCGGCUCCGCUCCCCGCCGCCGCCGAUAUCGCAGGCCUCACACCAUGCAAGGAAUCCAAGGCGUUUGCGAAGCGUGAGAAGCAGUCCUUGAAGAAGCUCGAGUCGUCGCUCAAGCUCUACGCACCUGAUUCGGCUCCGGCGCUCGCCAUCAAGGCGACGAUGGAGAAGACGAAGCGGCGAUUUGAUAAUUACGGCAAACAGGGGCUACUCUGUGGGACAGAUGGUCUUCCCCACCUGAUCGUGAGCGGUGAUCAACGGCAUUGGGGAGAGUUCAUCACGCCUGGGAUCUUGUUCUUGUACAUCGCUGGUUGGAUCGGGUGGGUGGGCCGGAGCUACCUGAUCGCGAUCAGGGACGACAAGAAGCCGACCCAAAAGGAGAUUAUCAUCGACGUGCCGUUGGCUUCAGGGCUGCUUUUCAGGGGAUUCAUCUGGCCCGUUGCGGCGUACCGGGAGCUUGUGAACGGUGAUCUGGUGGUGGAUGAUGCUGAUGUUACUGUUGUGUGAAGAUGUGAUUGGAGAAAUGGAGAGAGCUUCCACAAGCAUAUAUGAAUGUGUUUUUAAAGAGAGAAGAGCUGAACUUGUAAAAGACAUUCUAUUUUCUUUUGUAUUUGUAUUUUAGUCUUCUCAUCUUCUCAUGCA